CAGCAAGUGCUCUCAUAACGCGUAAACAUCAGCUAUUACAUUUUUUUGGAGAGCAUUUUUAAUCAGUGUUUUAAGGCAUUGAAUCUUAUCAGUAUAUAAAAACUGUGAUUACCUAGGAGAGGGAUUGCGCAACAAGUGCCCAUUGUAACCCACUGCCGGCGGCCCUGCCAACCAAGUGCAAUCCAGCCAUAGUCGCCGACAGUUAUCAGUAGCAACGGUUCCUACACGCUUGUGUGGCUUUUACAAAAUGGCCCAAAAGAUUCGCGCUGGUCCAGUUGUGGAUGUUCUCGGUGAUGAGAUGACCCGCAUCAUUUGGGAUUCGAUUAAGAAUAAAUUGAUCUUGCCCUUCCUGGACAUUGAGUUGCACACAUACGAUCUGGGUAUUGAGCAUCGUGACAAGACCGAGGAUCAGGUGACCAUCGAUUGUGCCGAAGCCAUUAAGAAGUACAAUGUGGGCAUCAAGUGUGCCACCAUCACCCCAGACGAGAAGCGGGUAGAGGAAUUCAACUUGAAGAAGAUGUGGAAAUCGCCCAACGGCACCAUUCGUAACAUUCUUGGAGGCACCGUGUUCCGUGAGGCCAUCAUUUGCAAGAAUGUGCCACGUCUGGUCUCGGGCUGGCAAAAACCAAUUGUGAUCGGUCGUCAUGCCCAUGCCGAUCAAUACAAGGCUGUGGACUAUGUUGUUCCCGGACCCGGCAAGCUCACCCUCACCUGGAAGGGUAACGAUGGCCAGGUCAUCGAGGAGGUGAUCAAUGACUUUAAGGGUGCUGGCGUCGCCCUGGGCAUGUUCAACACAGAUGCCUCCAUUGUCGACUUCGCUCACGCCUCGUUCAAAUAUGCCUUGGACCGCAAAUUGCCCCUGUACAUGAGCACCAAGAACACGAUCCUUAAGAAAUACGAUGGCCGUUUCAAGGACAUCUUCGAGGAUCUGUACACCAAGCAGUACAAGGCCCAGUACGAGGCUGCCGGCAUCUGGUAUGAACAUCGUCUCAUUGACGAUAUGGUCGCCUAUGCCAUGAAGUCUGAGGGUGGCUUUGUGUGGGCCUGCAAGAACUACGACGGUGAUGUCCAAUCCGAUUCGGUGGCUCAAGGCUAUGGCUCGUUGGGUCUGAUGACCUCUGUUCUGCUGUGCCCCGAUGGCAAGACUGUUGAGGCUGAGGCAGCUCACGGCACAGUGACCCGCCACUUCCGUUUCUAUCAGCAGGGCAAGGAGACCUCUACCAAUCCCAUUGCCUCGAUCUUUGCCUGGACCCGUGGUCUCUUGCAUCGUGCCAAGCUCGAUAACAAUGCCGAACUCGAGAAAUUCGCCGAGACUUUGGAACAGGUGUGCAUCGAUACCAUUGAGGGCGGUGCCAUGACCAAGGAUUUGGCCAUUUGCAUUAAGGGCAGCAUCAGUGCUGUUGAGCGCAAGGACUACCAGGAGACAUUCGAGUUCAUGGACACACUGGCAAAGAAUCUGGAGAAGGCUCUUAGCAAGAAUGCUGCCGCUGCCAAGUGACUAUCCGGCGAAUCCAAUGCCAAGCUCUAAUCCUUAAUUUUACCUAUAUAUGUGUGUGUGUGUGUGUGUACUACAAUAUAAACUAUAUAUGUAUAUGUAUGUGAAUAUGUACCAUGUACCGCCACCUCCCCCCCCUGUAGAUUUUACUCAAUUGUCCUUCUCCUCUGUAUGAAUUCAUUGUCUCUGCGAGACGUCUCAUCCGUGUGAAACAAAUUUUCAAAUAAAAUGUAUUUUUAUACCGCCAAGCCAAA